AUGCUGUCAACCCUUCCUUCACCAUCAAGCAUAUCCUCUCUCUCCCUGGAACAGCAGUUCCAAGUCCUCGACACCCUCUUUGAACCAUCACCGGAGCUCCACGCCAUCACAGGUCCUGUCCUGGCAACCCACUCAUUCGCCUCAUAUGCUAGUCUUGCUGAUGCUGUGCGAGGUCAAUUGUCAGCGCUGUCUUUGUCACAGUUGCCUAUGGACCAGCAAACACUCAUGAAGAUCUUAGGAUCACAUCCACGUCUGGGCAGACCACCGGCCAAAGCUACAGAGCAUUUAAGCGAGUUGAGCAGGAAAGAACAGGCCAAUUUGAACGCAUCAGUCGCGGAGGACCAGAUGGAACGUUUGAGUCUGUUGAAUCAUGAAUAUGAGGAGAAAUUUCCUGGGUUGCGAUUUGUAACAUUUGUCAAUGGCCGAAAUCGAGAUGUAAUCAUGGAAGAAAUGCGCCAGAGGAUUGACCGUGGUGACAAGAGCCGCGAGAUUGAGGAGAAUAUCCAGGCCAUGUGCGAUAUUGCCAAAGAUCGAGCGAGAAAACUGCAGCAACCAUCGAAUAUAUGA